AUGCCAAGACCGUUGAGAAGGAGUCGAUCUCUGAGAGCGAUGGCUGCACCAGUCGUGGAUCUAGCCCGUCAGCUCGCUGACUUGGAUGCUGAACAAGUUCAGAACUUGGACAGGGAGGCCAGCGAAGAGGCUAUGGUGGUUGAAAUGGGGGGAUCUCCUGGGGCUGAUCGCCCGGAAGAAGUUGAAGAGCCUGCGGACGAGGUUCACGAAGAAAAUGUGAUUGCUGUCCAGGAUGACUCAAGGAUUUCUGUUUCGCUUCCGACGUUCCAGCAGAAGGUUAUUUAUGCUGCCGCUUUUAAACUUCAUUUUGGGGUAAGCGAAGAAAUGACCAGUUUUUUGGACGAUUUUUUGGCAUUCUUUGGUGUUCCACUUCCUGAGCCGAUGAACAUUUCAAUGAAGAAAAUGAUGCAUGAUGCCCGCCAGCGCUUCGGUCACACCAAGUUCUUCUACUGCAACCCUUGCGACUCACGUCUAGGUGGAUCUAAGGCAGUCUGUGUAAAUCCUGAAUGUGCAAUCCAAGGCUUUCAUCCGAAGCGGUGCAAAGCCAUGAAGAGAACGGCUAUCCACUUUUUGCAAGUCGAACCUCAACUGUCGCUGAUACUUGACAAGGUUCUCCCCACUCUUAUUCGAAUUCACAGAGAAAUACAUUGCGGGGUAGGCGUGUUCCCGGAAAUCGGUUCUGAGCGCAGCGAAACUACCUCUUUCCCAUGGUACAAGCGGUCCAUUGAAACGCUCACGGAGUUCGAUGAGCGUAAAAUGAAGAUCAUACUAACUCUGAAUUUUGACGGCGUCAAGUUGAAGAAGCUUUCACGGUCCGAGGCAUGGCCUAUCUACAUGCGUCUCGAGGGGCUCCCGUUCAAGGAGAAGAACAAGAUCGAAAACGUACUUUUGGCUGGAAUCACGUUCACAAGGAAAGCUCCCACGGAAAAGCUUCUAACCGAAAUGUUUGGGCGUCUUCGUGAAGAACUCGAAAUGCUGAGCGAGAACGGUAUUCCCGUAUCACACAACGGUACUACUUGGUUCUGCACCCCGAUACUGGCUCAUGGUACCAAUGACUUCGCCGCCUUGAAGACUUUGUACGACUUACCCCGCUGGCAGUCUUUGUACGGAUGCCAUCUCUGUACUUUCCCGGGCGAAAGAGUUGGCCACCGAGUAAUUUGGUUUCCCAGAUUCCCUUUUGCUGGAGACCGUCGCACAUACGCUUCACUAACUCAAGAUGCGAUAACGCGCUCUCAAGGCGUAAGAGCCAUGUUUUCUUCGCAAAGCCGCGUGCCCGCGAUGAAAGUGCGUCCGGAGUGCCUGCAGGAGUUCUAUCGCAUCAUAGCCACUACUCGUAAUUAUACGUACGCGGAUAAGUUCGUUCUUGGACUUGAAGACUUUUCGGGUACCACCGGGUCUGAGAAAGACGCUCUUUCUUUCUUGGUUUUCCCUCUUGCGGCCGCGAUGAAUGUCUGCGCUGAUCCUGUGGGUGCUGUCGCUGUGCUUACAUAUUGGAUACUCGUGCGAGUCAUUGAAAGGAGCCCUGAGCUGACAGUAAACGACUUCCCUGGAGUCCAAGAACUAGCUAGGGCAAUGAAGAAUCUAUGGUACGCGAUCGAGCCGACUCUAUUCACCCUGAAAGUCCAUUGCUUUGUCGACCAUGCACUUUUGGAAGACAUAUACGACGUUGGAACACCUUAUCAUUGGACCGCAAGUGCCUUCGAAAGCAUGCAUCGUCGCCUUCAACUCCGAGUAGCUCAGUGCACUACGAACGUUGAGGAUGCAGUCGUUGAGAAUUUCGUGAUGCGCAAAUACCUGCUUGGAAAGCUGGAAAAGGAAACUCAACGAUACAGCAAUGUGUUCAUGGACCGUUUGUAUGCCAAAUUUGCAGCAGGCGAAACGUUUAGUUGCCGCUUGUGUAAAGGGAACAAGAUCUACUCAUCGGCGGUGUAUAAUAAACGGACGAUGGAUACGGUGCAAGAAUUUGUUUGCUUGGAAGUUAAUGGCGUCCCUCUUUUCGGAAAAGUCAUCGUGUUUGCAUUCGAUUCCUGGACAAACGAAUGCAGUGUCCUGAUAGAAGAGAUUAAGACGGACGACCCUUUUGUAGCACUCAGUGCGGCACUGGAAAGUAGCGACCACCCGGCCACAAAUCGAGCUCGCUCUGCUUUGUACGAUAUUCGUCGUUGUAAUCGUUUUUUCAAAAGAGUCAUAGGUAGAGAACUUCUUCUAUGCAAUGCUUAUGACAUUAUGUCGCCAGCUUUGCUCAUUGACGCUGGGUCAACGUCAUACGUGUCACGCCUCUAA